GAUUGAAAAAAAUAUCAAAACUCGUGAGUAUAGAGAUACAUUUUGUGGGGGAAAGAUGCAGUCAAGUAUACGCAAAAUUUCACAGCCAUUACAAUAUAGGGCUAUUCAUGAAUUAAAUGAAAAGCCAUUAAAUAUUGGGCAAGAAAUUGAAGAGCUUAAAAAAUGGAUACAACGAACACCGCAUUUAAAUGCUAGAACAGAUGAUCAAUUUUUACUUACUUUUCUGCGUGGAUCAAAACAUAAUCUGAUAAAGGCAAAAACUAAGAUUGAAAUGUUUUACACGUGCCGGACGGCUAUGCCUGAAAUAAUGGUGAACAGAGAUCCUUUGGAUCCACAUUUGAGAGAGGUUAUUAGAUUAGGUGUUGGAUUGCCACUUCCACUGACUGAGACACCUGAUAGUGGUCGAGUAAUUCUGAUUCGCCCUGGAAGUUACGAUGCCACAAGAUACAGCAUUAUUGAUAUUAUGAAGGUUGCAAAUAUGAUUUGCGAUAUCUUACUGAUCGAGGACGAUAAUCUAGUCAUAUCUGGAGAGAUUGCAAUUGUUGACUUUGAGAACGUCACAAAGAGUCAUUUGCUGCAACUUGAACCAUUAUUGGUGAAAAAGCUAGCACUUUUGAACCAAGAAGGCUCUCCACUACAUCAAAAUGCUAUUCAUUAUGUUCAUACGCCACCAGGAUUUGAUGUUGUUUUCAAUCUUUUCAAAACAAUCACACAAACAAGAGAUAUGCAAACUGAAGAUUAUCCAGCAGAGAUAUUUAUCCACCCUACAACGAGUGCCACCUUAAGUGAUCACAUAUCUAGAAACAUAUUACCAUUAGAGUAUGGGGGCGAGUCGGGUCCAUUAGAAGCAAUAAUUCAGUUCUGGGAAAAGAAAUUGAUUGAGUACAGAGAUUACUUCAUCCAAGAUGCUGCUUAUGGAACACUUGAAGCUAUAAGACCACCUGAAUACAGACAUUACCAUGCUGAUUUCCUAGCAGCCACUUCGUCAUAUAAUCUUUAUUAUAACCAAUGACAGUAUUUCUUACUAAUACAAAUAUGCUAUGAAUUAAAAAUAUUCUCUUUAUUUUUAUCUUA